AUGUAUAAAUCAACAGACACUAGCCCCACAGUCAGACCCAGUUUCUUUUCAGGAAUCUUUGACUCACCUGAGCCAGUCAACCCACCAGUCCCAGUAGAGGAACAACACCCAGUACCUGUUCCAACAGAACCCAAACCAGAACUGCCCAGAUCUCCAGUUGAUCCUAACCCAGAAGAAGAUUCUCCCAAUAAGUAUCCAAACAAUCCAGAAGACAGAGACCCAGAACCCAGCAAUCAAGAAGAAGGAGACAUGUCUGACAACAACAGUGGAGCAGUAAACAAACCCAACCAAUUCAAAGGAGACAAAGGAAAGAGUAAGGAAUUCCUGGAUGAAGUAUAUCUGUACUUUGAAGGGAAUUCCAAGAAGAUCCAGACCGAUAAGGAUAAGGUUCAAUGUGCCCUUUCAUAUAUCAAAGGACCCACUCAAUUCUUUGUUCACACAAUCAUCAAUGAUGCACAAGAACCCAUCUCUGACUCCGAAGAUGCGCUACUCAAAGGAUUACCUAGCUGGGCUAACUUUAGGAAAUCCUUCAUCUAG